CGGGAGCCCGCGCCGGGCAGCCGGGCGCGCCGGGGGUGGGUCCCUCUCCCCUGCCCGGCUCUGCGUGGAAGAAGAAGAGGGCGGGGACCGGCACCGGGAGGAGAGCGGAGGAGGAGAAGGGGCAUGACUCGUGCAACUUGCGGCGGGCAUCUGCCGAGCCUCUGAGUCGGCGGCGGCCCGGGGCCCGGAUUGCGGCCGCGCGGAUCCCACCCAGCCCACCCCGCCCCGGCCGACGGCUGAAGCUGACCUGGAUCCUCGGAGCGCCCGCCGGCCGGCAGGGAUCGCCUUCGUCUUCCGGGCUGCUUUCUGGAGCGCGAGGAGCGCUCUCCUCGCGGCUCCUCUCGCUGGACCCCCGGCCCCCGAUGGCUCGGAUGGGGCUUGCGGGCGCCGCUGGACGCUGGUGGGGACUCGCUCUCGGCUUGACCGCCUUCUUCCUCCCAGGAGCCCACACACAGAUGGUCCAGGUGAACGACUCCAUGUAUGGUUUCAUCGGCACGGACGUGGUGCUUCACUGCAGCUUUGCCAACCCGCUGCCGGGCGUGAAGAUCACCCAGGUCACAUGGCAGAAGGCCACCAAUGGCUCCAAGCAGAACGUGGCCAUCUACAACCCAGCCAUGGGCGUCUCGGUGCUGGCCCCCUACCGCGAGCGUGUGGAGUUCCUGCGGCCCUCCUUCACAGAUGGUACCAUCCGCCUCUCCCGCCUAGAGCUGAAGGAUGAGGGCGUCUACAUCUGCGAGUUUGCCACCUUCCCUGCGGGCAACCGAGAGAGCCAGCUCAAUCUCACUGUGAUGGCCAAACCCACCAAUUGGAUAGAGGGCACCCACACAGUGCUUCGAGCCAGGAAGGGGCAAGAUGACAAGGUCCUGGUGGCCACCUGCACGUCAGCCAAUGGGAAACCUCCCAGUGUGGUGUCCUGGGAAACGCGGCUGAAGGGCGAGGCGGAAUACCAGGAGAUCCGGAACCCCAACGGCACGGUGACCGUCAUCAGCCGCUACCGCCUGGUGCCCAGCCGGGAAGCCCACCGGCAGUCCCUGGCCUGCAUAGUCAACUACCACAUGGACCGCUUCCGGGAAAGCCUCACCCUCGACGUGCAGUACGAGCCCGAGGUGACCAUUGAGGGGUUUGAUGGCAACUGGUACCUGCAGCGGAUGGAUGUGAAGCUCACGUGCAAAGCCGAUGCCAACCCCCCAGCCACUGAGUACCACUGGACCACGCAGAAUGGCUCCCUCCCCAAGGGCGUGGAGGCCCAGAACAGAACUCUUUUCUUCAGGGGACCCAUCAACUACAGCCUGGCAGGAACCUAUGUCUGUGAGGCCACCAACCCCAUCGGCACCCGCUCAGGCCAGGUGGAGGUCAAUAUCACAGAGUUCCCCUACACCCCGUCUCCUCCCGAACACGGGCGGCGCGCCGGGCCCGUGCCCACGGCCAUCAUUGGGGGCGUGGUGGGCAGCAUCCUGCUGGUGUUGAUUGUGGUCGGCGGGAUCGUGGUGGCCCUGCGCCGGCGCCGGCACACCUUCAAGGGCGACUAUAGCACCAAGAAGCACGUGUACGGCAACGGCUACAGCAAGGCGGGCAUCCCCCAGCACCACCCGCCCAUGGCCCAGAACCUGCAGUACCCGGAGGACUCGGACGACGACAAGAAAGCCGGCCCCCUGGGCGGGAGCAGCUACGAGGAGGAAGAGGAGGAGGAGGGUGGAGGGGGCGAGCGCAAGGUGGGCGGCCCCCACCCCAAGUACGACGAGGACGCCAAGCGGCCCUACUUCACGGUGGACGAGGCUGAGGCCCGUCAGGAUGGCUACGGGGACCGGACUCUGGGCUACCAAUACGACCCCGAGCAGCUGGACUUGGCUGAGAACAUGGUCUCUCAGAACGACGGGUCUUUCAUUUCCAAGAAGGAGUGGUACGUGUAGACCCCCGCCCAGAGCCUCCGUCCCAGCCCCCACCCGCACGCCCCCUGCCCGCCCCCACCGCCCACUCCUCCAGGAGCUCGCCAGAGACUCACGCAGCUGCCCGGGGAACCCGGGAGCCCAGGGCACACGACCUGGCUUGGUUUUGAUUUCCUCCCUGCCCCUGGCCCUGCCCCAUGGUGUCGUGUUCACUGUGGCUUCGGUGUUGCUGUACCUUUCCUUCCCAACACCCCCCCCUGCCGCCCUCUGCAGGGAGCCCUGUUCUCGUCUUGUGUACCUGGGCAUCCCUCCAGGGUUUGGGGAGCCAGCCCUCCCCUGCCCCCAACACUGGAAUUUGUUCGUGUCCUUCCCCUUGCUGGUGGACGGCUGAAGGGGCUCCAAGAGGAAGAGCCCCCUCCCCUGGACCCGAGAUGCUGCUCGUUUUUCCCUGGGAGAGGGAACCCAGCAACCUCCCCAUCCCACCACGAGCUGACACAGUGGGUGUUUGGACCCCUGGUCUAGGCAGCCAUGGCACGCAAGAGGUAGGGGGUGGGGGCAGCUUUUCCAAAGCACGCAGGGCUGUCUUUGUUCGUUACCUGAAUCAAGUUGAGGUCUCUACCUGGAGCCUUGGGCAGUGUGUUUUCCUGAAGGCUGGUUUUCCUUUUUUUUCCCUCAUCGGCCUCCCGAGAGUUAAGUUGGCACAGCUCCGGUGGUUCCUGUUCGCCCAUCUGCACCCCACAUAGCAGGACUGCAGGUCACUCUGGCCCACACUUCCCAUACACCUCUACCAACACAUACCCACACCUACAUGCACACACAUGUUGUUCGUGUCUCCCCCUAUGCUCCCCCUGGGGUCACAUGCCUUACCCAGGCUGGACACUGCCCAAGGCCCGCCUCUCUGCCCCACCUCUCCCCUUCCUUCCAGCGGAGGAUGGGGGCAGGUGGCCUUCAGAAGCUUCCAGGGAGAGCUGAGACAAGCCCCCCAGGUGCCUCCACCCUGGCAUCUCAGGCCUGCUCUUAACCGCAUGGAAAUUUCUUGAAUUUCUCCCUGCCUGUCAAGUGCAAGCAACUCUUGGUUCUCUUGGGAGUCAGAGCUGGGAUCCCAGAAAGGAGUGAUCCCCGAGAGUGGAGGCAUAUCCACGCGGAGGGCACUAGAGGAGGCAGCGAGCACUGUAGGAGCUCCGCGAUCGCAGGCUGAUGAGACUGUAGGGUGCAGGGAGCUCCUCGCCCAUGAGAAGGCCGGUGUAGCGGCCCUGGACCUGCCAGACAGCGUGAGGGGAGGCGGGGGUCAAGGAUCCUGAGUCAGCCGUUCCUGCUCACCACCCGCCCGGUCCUGCUCAGCUCUCCCUGGUCCCCACCGGGUGCGGUGGGUGGCAGGGGAACCCUGGAGAUGCUUUCCCUUUGAGUUGUAGAUUCCCUUCUUGAAUGGGGCUCUGGGUUCCUGUCAAUCACCCAAGACCGAUGGUCUUCCUGGAGGAAGGCCCCUUCCGGCCCCCCUCUCUGUUCCCCCAGCUCAAAGUGCCUCAGUUCCUCCAUCUGCCCAGCCCGUCCCCCCCAGCACUCUGGAUGGGAGAGACCCUGGGAUGGGAGAGGCAGGUUUGUGUCUGCCCGCAAGGAUUCUGGUGAACUCAGCCCAGGGUGCAGAGGCUCUGUGGGAUGGCAAGUGUUGGGGGGAGGGAGGCAGACCACUCUGUGCCCCACGGGCACCAACCUACCCUUGCCAUAGGCUUCCCAAGGGAGCCCCCAGCCCCCUGUCCUCCUCCUCCCCUCCCUGGUGCUGCUAUUGAACCCCUAGCCAGCUCCAUCUCUGCCCUGGCAACCCUGGACCCACCAGCUGGGUCACCCUUCUCGCCCAGCCCCCACUGCCCUUGCCCCAGCCCAGUCCGCCCAGUAGCCACGUAGCAGAAGUCUGAAGCCAUGCCAGCCCUGGGGCGGUGCUCCCUUCUCUUGGCAUUGGGGGUACUGGAUGGGGUGGAGUUGGGAGAAAAUUCUGGGGUCUUUCUAGUCACAGGGCAGAGAGGGUAGAGGAGCUGGGCUGCGUUUCCCAGCAGUAUUAGUGUCCCCUCACCCCAGGGCAGAGGAGCUUUUCCAUGUUACAUCACUGCCCCGUCCCGCCUCAUACCACUCUGGCCCCUCUGCUUGGCCUCCUUGCCCCCUAGCAGGAGGAAAUCCCAGGGGCCUGCCUGAUAGAGGCAUUCUCCACCCCCUUGAAAUCAUAAGACCGAAAGGACUCCUCUUGUGUCUCCCUUAUCCUGCACUGCCACUCUCUCUUCCUCUUUCUGUGAUGGACUUAGGAGGCCCCCAGGCCUAGCCAAAGCACUGAGUCCCGCUUAAGGCACCUCCCAGCCCUCCCCUCCAGCAAAGCACAAAUUUGGGGGUCCGUGCCACAUGUAUGGGCCAUGUGGGAGGCUCCAGACUUGCCAGAGGCCCAGCAGCAGCAUGCCCAGCCGGGGUGCCGCUACCUGGGGCCGAGAGCGGGCAUGAGGCCAGGGUCUCAUGGGGUCAGCACUUGGGCCUGCAGAGAUGCGGUUUGUGUGCCCUAAGUUUGUGGGGAGGUGGGUACUACUGCUGGGCCCGCAGGCAGCUGGCAUGGGUAGUCGGGGAGGGGGUCUGGCCCAGCAGAGACCAGGACGUCUUGCUUCUCCUCCAUGCCCCCAGCAUGAACUGAGCUUCUGCCUUUUGCUGGAAAUGAAAUAAACUUGGUCUUCAUUGUGCCAAGGCCUCCCCACUUGUCAUCCUGCCUCUUGUGACCCUCAUGGUCCUUGCCCACCCCCUCCCCCACUCCACCGAUAACCCCCCUUUCCUUAAGAUUUUGAUAUUGUUCUAAUGUGUAACAACCCUCCGAGUCCCUUUUGAUCAGAAGGAUCUGAAGAGCAGCAGCACAGAAUCAGGGAACGCAGGCAUGCACGUGCAGCCACGUCAGGCCUGGUCCACGCGUGCACGAGUUUGCACAGGUGCCCGGCACACACAAGGGAGCUCACCCCCAACCCCACAGAUACACCAGGGGGCUGGUCUGGCCCUGCUGAAAGCCCUUCAGGAAAAACGGAUGUCCCAGCGCUCGGGCCAUAAGACUCACCCGGGCCCUGUCUCCCAGGCACGUGCCCCCCACCCUGCCUCCCGCACCCACCAACCCCCGCCAUGUGCCCGAGUCACUGGUGCAAUAAAUUUUCUGCCAUCCUCCCGAGCAGAGGAAUUGGGGAUCGAGUGAGGUGAUGUGGGCAGCUCGCCUGGAAGGAGGGGAGGGCUGCCAGGCCUCCUGGGGGCCACACAGAGACCUUCUAGGCCGACUGCCCCCAGGAGCCUGCAGGUGGGCCCCCCAGGCCCCAAGCCCACGGGGAGAUGUGCCAGGGGUCCCUGUGCCGAGAGGCACUUCCGGGACCUCGUUGUUGCUGCUGCUGCCGCUGCCACCCCCCCAAUUGUGAGGCCAGAGGAGCCCCCAUCCCACCGGUGCUGCUGCUCUUCCGACUCCUGCUGUGAGGAAUGGGAUUCUUGGCCAGGAAAACAAAAGUGGUUUUCUUUUUUUUUUUUUUUUUUGUAUAAAUGGAAAGAAAAUCCAGGAGAAGCUGCCCCCUCCCCUCCCUCCAAAGUGUGAUGCACUACCUUCGCUUCAAUUUCUUAGUCACUGUUUUCGUCUUUGGUCCAGGGACCGCCCAGCAGAUUCUCCUGGUUCUAACCCAGGGGGUGUUUGCGUCACCCCCUUUUACUUGUAUAAGAAAAAAAAAAAUGAUGGGUUGAAAAAUGUACUGAGGAAAAAAAUGUACUUUUUUAUAAAUAAAGUCUUUA